AUGGACGGCCAAGAUCAAGGAUCAACACAAGCAUUCAACAAAGAUGUGAAUAAUAUUUUAGUUCAACAUGAAAAGGAAAAAGGAAAAUUUGAAGAAGGAAGUCAACGUGGCAGAGGAACAAGCAAAGCAACUAGAGGAAGAGGCAGAGGAAGCAGAAGAGGAAGAGGGGGAACGGCAACAACCAGGAAAACAAGAAGUGUAACAAAAGGAAAAAUCAGAGAACCAAGAGAAGAAGUAGAACAGGAAGGAAACGAAGAAGGAAGCGAAUUGUCAGAAAUUGCAAGUGUUGGAAGGAUGGAAGAGAAGGAAGAGGAAGGAGAUGUGGAAGAUAAGGACAUGGAAGAGAAUGAGGGAGAUGAAGAUAUCAUUUCAUUAGAAGAUGAAGCAGAUUUUGUCGCUGAGAACGCACAUAUUGAUAGGGAACAUGAAAGGUACCUUGCGGAGUUAACAAGACUUUACCGGAAGGGGAACACCGGCAGAUAUGACAUUCUUGAUAAAGCUUACACCAAAUGGUGCAAAAGAAUAGGAACUGAUCCAAGAGGUAUCAAGAUGUUAGAUGCGUCAAGUGAGGAAGAUGAAGAUGUAGAGCCAGGUGCUGGGAAAAGGAAGGCAAAAGAGUGCGGUACUGAGAAGUUGUCGAAAGUGGCUAAGAAGAUGAAUCACGGGAAAGUGUUAACACACCGGUUGAUAGAUCUAGCCCCUUACUGGGAUAAUAGGAUGAAAGCUUGCUUUGGUUACGUACCACUCACAAUCUUUGUACCGGCAUGGCUUCUAGCGGACAAGAAUCAUAUGUCAAAUUGGCGAAAACAAAGUUCUUCUUGCUCAGACGUGGUGGCGUACGUAGGACUAAGAGUGCCGAGUGAAUGGAGACAGAGUUUCUUGAUGUGGUCAACGCCGUUCCAUUUGUAUGUCCAAUAUUGGCGGCUGAAAUAUCAACAGGAAGAAAUCGCUAGCAGACUGGAAGAGCAUUAUAAAAUAGUGUUAGAUAUCAAGGCAAAAAAUCAUGACGCAUUUGCUCCUGCACUGAGUCAUUAUAGCAAUCACCAGCAAGAGUCAGCAGAAGGAGCAGGAAGUGUAAAUUAUCAUCAUGGCGGUAGAGGAAGAGGAAAACGCGGCAGAGGUUUUAGCAGGGGAAAUGGUAGUAGAGGAGGAGGUACACAAGGUGGGGCACCCUCAGGUCCUACAACCGUAGUGAACGGGGUAAUGGUACCAAAGUUUGGCCCAGGGGCCUUUGAAGCAGUGAAAGCGGCGAAGCAAGCCGGAGUAAGUGGGAAUAGCGCAGGAACACAGUAA